CCAUGGAUAUAAGUGACCACUUCAACUCCCGGGUACUCCGAACUGAACUCAACAACGUACGAGUCAAAAGGGAUUUGUAAGCCUUGAACUGCUUUCUCACUAAUUGAAAGUACCCGAGCAAUGGCAACAGUGACAGCCUCACACUUCGUUUCAAGAAGUUCACAUGUCAACAGCCAGGAAACAAAGGCCAAGCUGGCACAGAUCGGCAUGAGGAAUCAAGCCAUGACUCACAAUGGUUUGAGGUCUUUGAACCAGGUAGAUAGGUUGCAGAUGAGAACCCAUGCAAAGGCUGUUGCCAGGCAAGCUGUGAAAGAGGGACACCCCACUGCAAAUGACAGGCCUUCCGGGAAAAUUAUUUGCGGAACAGGGAUGAACUUGGUCUUUGUGGGAGCUGAGGUUGGUCCAUGGAGCAAAACUGGUGGACUCGGUGAUGUCGUUGGUGGACUUCCUCCCGCAAUGGCUGUCAGAGGACACCGUGUUAUGACAGUGUCUCCUCGCUAUGAUCAGUACAAGGAUGCAUGGGACACCUCUGUAUUAGUUCAGAGAUCAGCUCCUAAUAUGCAGCUAAAAGUCGGGGACAAAAUUGAGACUGUUCGGUUCUUCCACUGCUACAAACGUGGAGUUGAUCGUGUCUUUGUCGAUCACCCUAUGUUUCUUGAGAAGGUAUGGGGCAAAACGGGAUCCAAAAUAUAUGGCCCUCGGACAGGUUUGGACUACAAGGACAAUCAAUUGCGAUUUAGCUUGUUAUGCCAGGCUGCUCUGGAGGCACCCAGAGUUUUGAAUUUAAAUAGCAACAAAUAUUUCUCAGGACCAUACGGGGAAGAUGUUGUCUUCAUUGCCAACGAUUGGCACACUGCUCUUCUUCCAUGCUAUUUGAAAAGCAUGUACCAAUCCAGGGGCAUCUACAUGAAUGCCAAGGUUGCCUUUUGCAUCCACAACAUAGUCUAUCAGGGAAGAUUUGCCUUUGCAGAUUUCUCACUUCUCAAUUUGCCCGCUCGGUUCAAGAGUUCAUUUGACUUCAUGGAUGGGUAUGACAAGCCUGUCAAGGGAAGGAAAAUUAAUUGGAUGAAGGCUGGAAUUAUAGAAUCAGACAGAGUCUUGACUGUAAGCCCAUACUAUGCCCAGGAGCUUGUUUCUGGUGCAGACAAAGGUGCUGAACUUGAUACCAUCAUUCGUAAAGCGUGCAUCACUGGCAUUGUGAAUGGCAUGGAUGUUCAAGAAUGGAAUCCUGCCACUGACAAAUACAUCAGUGUCAAAUAUGAUGCAACAACUGUAAUGGAUGCAAAGCCAUUAUUGAAGGAAGCUCUUCAAGCAGAAGUGGGGUUACCUUGUGACAGGGAUGUUCCAGUGAUCGGCUUCAUUGCUAGGCUAGAAGAGCAGAAAGGUUCAGAUAUUUUGGCAAAAGCUAUUCCAAAGUUUAUUGGAGAAAAUUGUCAGAUCGUAGCCCUUGGAACUGGAAAAAAGGCCAUGGAGAAGCAGCUUGAGCAGCUAGAGCUCCAGUAUCCUGACAACGCUAGAGGAGUAGCCAAAUUCAAUGUUCCAUUAGCCCAUAUGAUUAUUGCUGGUGCUGAUUACAUUUUGGUCCCUAGUAGAUUUGAACCAUGUGGUCUCAUUCAGCUGCAUGCUAUGCGAUAUGGAACCGUGCCAAUUGUUGCCUCUACUGGUGGACUCGUUGACACUGUCAAGGAAGUAUACACAGGGUUCCAAAUGGGAGCCUUCAGUAUUGAAUGUGAUGCAGUGGAUCCAAGUGAUGUAGAUAAGGUGGCAAGAAGUAUCAAGAGAGCUCUUGCAACAUAUGGCACUCAAGCCCUGAAAGAAAUGAUCCAGAAUUGUAUGGCACAAGAUCUUUCAUGGAAGGGACCAUCAAAGUUGUGGGAGAAGAUGUUGUUGAGCCUAGAGGUCGCUGGCAGUGAACCUGGUAUUGAAGGAGAGGAGAUUGCUCCUCUUGCCAAGGAAAACGUUCCCACUCCCUGAGCAUGGAGACUAAUGGGUUUGAAUGUUCAAGUAUUGACUUCAGCAAGCAAAGGCAUAGCGCUAACUACUAAGUACCUUCUUUCUUUAAUACAACUAUGUUAUCUAUCAACUGUGGACAGCCAUUUGCUUGAGCGGUGGAAAACAAACUCCCCUGCAGGUGCAGUCGAUGCUUUUUUGGAAGGUGAAAAGAUAGGAGCUUGUGUAAAGAUAUAGUAAUGAAGGUAACAGGUGUUGUUGAUGUUCGCGAUAACUAAACAGGGAACCAAUUUCUGUGCAUAGCUUUAUGCGUUAUGUCAAGUAAAUAAAAGAGUCUUCAACUUCUA